AUGCCAGUUGUGGCUCCUACUGGUCAAGGUCAAGUCGUUCAUUCUCUACCAUAUCCGAAUUCAUUGCGUACCAUACGUAUUACCUCAAAUCAAACUAAUGGUCUAUAUACACUAAUGGAUGGCAAUAUUCAAGUUGGCGAAGGAAUGCAAUUACAUAUUCACACUCGAGAAGACGAAACGUUUUGUGUUCAAGAAGGUCAAAUUCAAUUUCGUCUGAAUAAUGAUACAUUCUUCGCCAGUAAAGGUGACUGUAUUUUUGCAGCCAAACAAUCAAUAAUGGCAUUUCGAAACAAAAACACAACUGGAACACGAGUACUUUUCUUCUUUACACCUGGUGGUAUAGAAGAAUACUUUUAUAAAGCAAGCCCAUAUUUUGCACAACAACCUCCGAACACGACUAUGACUGAUCAAAUCGCAGUAGAGUACGGAAUGAAACUAUUAGGAAUGCCGAUAUGGGAUGAUUCACAAGAUAUUUCCAGCAAUGCUAAUGGUUCAUAUCAAUUGAAUGUUUUUCUUUUGUUGUUUGCUUUUGUUUCAUGCUACAAAACAAAUAUUAACCUCUAA